CGUUCCCUGAUGUUGGAGAAGGAUAUGCUAACAGUAAAGGCAACUUCAUCGAUGAGGGAGGUCAAACCGUCGUCUCCUCAAGUGAUAGCGAAGCUUCAGGUUGAACCCUGGCCCGUAUUUUUAGAUGUUUAUCCGGGAUCGAAUAGUCAUAGUACUACAAUCUGUAUGAAUCGUCAACCCAAGAAAUCAGGAUUAUACUAUGUCAUUCGUACAAGGCUAGGGAUGAAUGCUUGUAUCCGGGACCCCCGACAGAAGGCGAAACUUCGUCAAGUGGCGCUGUCCACCAUUCAGAACAACUUGGACCGGCGCAAGUCCUCAACUUGGAGGAGCUCUAGCCUCUCUUUUCCGCACUUGCCGUUGCUAUUGCUGGGCAGCCUCAGCUAUUUAUAUAGCGACCACCCCGCCAGUUGCGCGGAACUGGGUCAACCCGACUUAGCUGUACCAGUCACCCAGUUCUAG